CAUUUCACCACGGUGAUACCACCUUAGAAAAUUACUACAAUGCUGAUUGGAAUCUGCGGCAGUCUCUGCGCUGGGAAAACCGAAGUAGCGAAAUACCUAGAGGCAAAACAUGGCUUCACCCUGAUUCGGAUGGAGGAGACCAGCGACAGCGAUAGCAGCGGCAGCUGCGCAUCAUGGACCGAUGGGGAGAAAAGCUACCCCUCGUCCAAGAGCCUACUAUCUUAUAUAACACAAAACUGGUCUAAACGGUUCGUUAUGUUGGGAAUGGGUUCGGUAGAGCUCAAGGUUCUAGAGACAUUCUUACGCCGGCCAUUCUUCUUACUAUUGAGCGUGGACGCACCGACAUUAGUUCGUUGGCAGCGAUAUCAAAAGAGGGUUGAUAGUUCAUCCCCGGAACGGUCACUCGAGUACUUCGUUCAGGAGUGCGACACAAACAUGUACCAUCCGGACCACGGUAUAUCACACCUCGUCCAAAAGUCUACGCUCCGCCUCCUAAACGCUUCGAACUCUCUCGAAAGCCUACACCAGAACCUCGACGCCCUAAAACUCGAGGACGAAUCCCGCCUACGGCCAAGCUGGGACGCUUACUUCAUACAACUUGCUUCCCUCGCCGCGUGCCGGAGUAAUUGCAUGAAGCGCCGCGUUGGGUGCGUGCUCGUCCGGGGGAAGCGCGUGAUAUCGACAGGUUAUAAUGGCACGCCGAGAAAUCUGGUGAAUUGCAAUGAGGGCGGAUGCAAGAGGUGUAAUAACGGAACUGAGGGGGGGGUUGGGCUCAUGACUUGCCUUUGUAUCCAUGCCGAGGAGAAUGCGUUAUUAGAAGCAGGUCGAGAGAGGGUCGGAGACGGGGCAACACUAUACUGUGAUACGUGUCCGUGCUUGACUUGUAGUAUUAAAAUUGUGCAGGUGGGCAUUACGGAAGUGGUUUAUAGUCAGGGGUAUAGUAUGGAUACUGAGUUCUUGAAGCUGGUGGGGUCGAACUUCGAAAAUUAUACCCUGCCAAAGAGGGAUUAUUAUGCGUUUAGGUUGGGUGUUUGGAAGCGGUGA